UAAGAAAAACUUGAGAACAAACUGUGACGAUGCCAUUGACUCACCCUUUGGCUAAUUAGUAACUCGUCAUGAGGCAACCACUGAAGACUUCUUUAUAAACACAUUGGUCAGUCAUUUCUAAAUUUCACUUGAAAUAAACUUCACUUAAAGGCCACUUGCAAAGAGAGGAGCAAGGAGGACAAAAACAUGCAUACCAUUAUGGGUACCUUCAUUCUUCUGUUCCACAUUAACCUGGCUAACUCUAACCGUGUCUAUGUUCAUCCAUUCAAACUUUUUUCCCUUGGAAAUAUAAGCUGUGAGAAUCCAGGACUGCAGAACAAGAUGCUCCCUGACAAUAAUCUUGUUGUUCCCAACCCUAUCACAUUUCCCCAUAACGUCACAGAAGAAGCAGGCCAACCACAGAAAGACACUGAGGUGAGUGGGCAAAAUUUAACCCAAAACAGUGUUUUGGCAGGUCUACAAAAUGAGCUUGGACUACGAAUGUACCAUGAGUUCAGAAAACAGAACGCGUCUGGAAACAUUUUGCUUUCACCAAUUAACAUAUUUGGAACUCUGGUAACACUGUACCUGGGUGCUGCCAAGCAAACAGCUGCUGAUCUUCAACGCUUGAUAGGAAUAGUAGAGGAAACUGGAAAUGAAAACUGUACCUCACCAAUAGACGGACAUAAAAUACUUCAUGCCCUUCAAACUAUCAACGCUCCAGUUGGAGAAUCCAGCGAUGAGCUUUCAACAGCAGCUUGGCUUUUUUUGAACAAAGGCAUACAUUUGCAAAAAAGUUUUGUGGAUGGAACUCAUGACUUUGCUGACAAUACAUACCUAAAGGAAGUUGACUUCUCAGACCCACUGAGUGCUGAAAAGUUUGUAAAUUCCUUUGUGGAGGUCACUUCUUCCCAGAAAGUCAAAGGUCUCUUUAAAGGAAUCGAUCAGACAACUGAUCUACUGUUUGCAAGCAAUUUUCAUCUCAAAGGUCGGUGGGGAAAAGGAUUUGACAUCCACCAAACCAAAAUUCAAGAAUUCUCACCAACUGACAAAAGCAGUAUUCUUAUACCACUAAUGUCACAGACUGGUAACUUCUAUUAUAUCAAUGAUAAAAUGCACCACUGCUCGGUGGUGAAACUUCCAUUGAACAAUAAUUCUUUCCUCAUGUUAAUAUACCCAAAUAAUGACAAAGAUCUUUUUCAUAUUGAAAAUCAUCUGAAAACGCAUGUUAUUUACAACUGGCAAAAGUAUUCAAAGAAGAGAUGUUUAACUAUUUCUUUGCCAAAGUUCUCUAUGACAGCCACUUCUGAUCUUAAAGAAAUUCUUAAGAAGAUGAAGCUCCCACAGCUGAUUGACAAAAAUGCUGACUUCACAAGACUGAGCAAUAAGGAAAAUCUAACAGUGGACAAGGUAUUGAACACAGUUGUGUUUGAAGUAUCUGAACAAGGAUCACAGGAACAGGACAACUGUCAAGACAACAGCUAUGCUCCUUUCCAAAUGAAAAUUGACAAACCUUUCCUUUUUAUUGUGGUUGAAAAUCUCUCUAAUGCAAUACUUAUGCUUGGCAGAAUAACACAUCCUGAAUAUCAUUAAGUGUUAGAAUGUUGUACUAAGUUACUUUUGUCAUUAAAAAACAUUUUUUAUGUUAAUGUAGAAUUUUGUGUUUGCAGUUUUCUGACAGAUUACAUACAAUUACUAUCUCAUACUACUAGACUGCAAUAAAUGUUUGAUUUCUUAACACUAUGAUAAAUUGGAGAGAAAUUUAAUGAACAUGAUGUAAUACAUUAUAUUACAUACUAGACAAUACAGAAUUAUUAAAACAAGAAAAGUUGUCACAUGAGAGAUGCACUUAAAAAAUGUAAAUAAGUCAAAAUAUACAAAACCUUGUACAUUUUAUGCAAAUAUCAUUAAAUUAGAUUGGUACAAAUAUUCUCAAUAUAUUAGGAAAAUCUAAAAGUAUUGUAUUUAUACUUAAUUUUACAAUUCAUUAUUUUGAAGCUUCCUUAGUGUGAUUGCAAGUUAUCAAAUGUCAAAACAUUUGACUUUCUAGUUAAUUAAUAAGAAUUUUAAACUUACAUUCUAAUGCUUUUUGCUCAUUAAAUGAAGUAAACCUAUGUAAUUUACUCUUAACAAAAGUAUUAUGACAACAUCAUCUUAAUUAACCAUAACCACUUAUGAUAAAACACUGGAAAGACGUGUGUUUGUAUUUAUGCAUAAAAUAAAAAUAGCCAUAGAACCUUCUUUCAGACAAGCAUUUAAAACAUAUUAACUGUAUUUUUAUUGUCAUUAAAUUAACAAAUACAGUUAACAUUUACUUCAAAUGAGUUUAUUAUACUUGGUCUUUAAGGUAUAAAUGUUACUAAUAGCACUGUUUUACACAUUCUGAAAAAAAGACUAACCUCCAAAAUGGUUAAAGGUUUUCACAUUUAUUUCAUAUGCAACAAAAAUAAAACUAAAUCCAAACUAUUAAUAAUGAUAGUAAUUAAACUAUUUU